AUCCGGGCUUUGCAAUAACAUCCGGGAUACGUCACAUUCUUGUAUCCCUAUGUUUGUCGCCACGGCUUUUUGUUCGAUGCGAAACGCUUGAGAUGCGGUCAGUGCGACAGCGGGGAUGUCAACUGUUCGUGCUUGCUUGUAUCAUCGUUCCAUGCGUCACAUUCGUCACGCUGUUUCUGCAGUCGCAUGGAUGGGCUUGGGUGCCUACGGCUAUAAAGUCCAACAGUGAGGCCGACUACUGGAAAGCACGUGCUAAAGACACAGAGGCACGAAAUGCGAUCUUGCACAGAGACUUGAACGCGUUGAAAACCAACAGAGUUGACGAAUUGAAUGUAGAAGAAUUGAGGCUGAAUCUGACGCAUCGUAUUCCGAGUGGCGGCUGCACAAAGUCAAACAGUUUACCAAAAUGUGAGGUUAUUCAUAUUGCUAUAGUUGCUGCUGGUCAAAACUGCAGUCGUGAGGUAGCAUCUCAACUCAUCAAAUCAAUUCUCUUCUACAGACAGAAUCCACUUCACUUCCACUUUAUCUCUGACACAUUUGGUCGUCUCAUACUUGGAAACCUGUUCAAAACGUGGAGACUUCCAGGAGGGAAUAUAACAUUAUACAGCGCUGAUCCUGUUAUGGACAAAGUGAGUUGGGUUCCCAAUCGACAUUACUCAGGAGUGUUUGGCCUGAUGAAACUUGUUCUUCCAACAGUGUUACCAAAAGAAAUAACAAAGGUGAUUGUUCUGGAUACUGAUGUGACGUUUGCUUCUGACAUUGCCGAGCUGUGGUUACAGUUUAAGAACAUGAAGGAAACUAAGGCGGCUAUAGGACUGGUUGAAAACCAGAGUGACUGGUAUCUUGGCAAAAUCUGGAGAAAUCACAAACCAUGGCCAGCAAUUGGCAGGGGAUUCAACACGGGUGUGAUGCUGCUCGAUUUAGAACGAAUGCGAAGUAUGCAUUGGACACAGCUGUGGAGACUGGUCGCCGAGAAGCAGCUGAUGACAAUGCUGAGCACUCAACUUGCCGAUCAGGACAUUAUCAACUCGGUGAUAAGAGAGUAUCCCAGCAUGAGAUACGAAUUGAACUGUGCAUUUAAUGUCCAGCUGAGUGAACACACAAGGAGCGAGCUUUGUUACACUGACGAUGUGUCGGAUAUCAAGAUCGUUCAUUGGAACUCGCCGAAGAAAACGAAAGUGCACACAAAGCAUGUCGGGUACUUCAGGAAUCUGUACUUGUCGUUCCAGCAGUUUGACGGCCACCUUCUUCGGCGAGAGUUGAUUGGUUGUGGCAAGCCGGAGACAAGCAUUCAGGAAGAUAUGUCAAUCAAUUUAGACGACGUAUGUUAUGACUUCAGGCAUGAAGCAGUGAUGACUAGGAGAACACAUCUCUAUUAUCUUCCGUACGAUUUCAAGGGUACUGACUUGCAGGAUAUCACUCUUAUUGCUCAGUUGUCUGUUGACCGACUGCAGAUGAUCGAGCCAUUGUACAAACAUUGGGAAGGUCCAAUUCAGUUAGGAUUGUACAUGUCCGACACAGAAGCACAACAAUUUCUCAAAUACGCAUUGUCAUCCGACAUCAUCUCAAGACGUCGCAAUGCAGGCAUUCACAUCGUUUUUAAAGAAGGGGAUUUCUAUCCAGUCAACUACCUACGCAAUGUUGCUCUCAGUCAGGUAAAGACGGGAUUCGUCUUUCUUUCGGAUAUUGAUUUUCUUCCUAUGUAUGGUCUCUAUGACUACCUAAGGAAGGUUGUCAGUAUGAUGGAUAUGAACAAAAAGGCACUAAUAGUUCCAGCAUUUGAAACUCUCAGAUAUCGGUUGGCAUUUCCAAAGUCUAAGUCACAAGUUCUGAGUAUGCUCGAUCAGGGGCUCCUGUAUACCUUCAGAGAGCAUGUGUGGACCAGGGGUCAUGCCCCUACAAAUUUCGCACGAUGGCGUACUGCAACAACUCCAUACAGAGUCCAUUGGGAGAGAGACUUUGAGCCGUAUGUUGUUGUGCAGAGCAACGUGUCACGGUACGAUGAGCGUUUUGUUGGAUUCGGGUGGAAUAAAGUGUCGCACAUUAUGGAGUUAGAUGUUCAAGGGUACGACUUCAUCGUACUGCCCAACGCAUUCACCAUUCACAUGCCACAUGCUCCAUCAUUUGACAUCACCAAAUUCAGAUCUAACGCAGUGUACAGAGAAUGUCUACAGACGUUGAAGGAUGAAUUUCAGAGAGAUUUGUCGCACAAAUAUGGAGUUACCGCCCUAAAGUAUAUUCAAGUAGAGUCGUGACAAUAUGAAAUAGACUUGGCAGCUGCAUCAAUUGACUUUGUAUUUCAUAACCAUUCUAACUACAUUGAUAUACAGAUGACUUGCAUUUGCUAUUAGAUAAAAGUAGAUGACAAGAGUGGGCUUAUGUCUUGUGUUUGCUAGUGCGUAACAUACAGAAGGACAAGGACAGACACAUACAUUCAGAUCACUUCCAGCUUUCCUUCGGGCUCUUCCAUACCUUCAUCCAAAUCGUCUUUUGCAAGGCAAACGAAGCAAACCAAGCACUGUGAGUACCCGGGAGAUGGGAAGGAGCUAGUGCAGUGAUAGGUGAGGCAAACUAUUUUUGAGUAUUUCACAAACACAAAUGACUAUAGCACAUAUUGUCAUU